AAAAUAUUAUGAGCAUCGGUUACGAAUUUUAAAUCAAUUAUGGUAACAAAGGAAAUAUUAACUAUUCAAUUGGGGCAUUACGCAAACUUUGUGGGCACACACUGGUGGAAUCUUCAGGAAACAAAUUUUUCUUAUGAUCCUGCUAAUCCAUCGGAAAUUAAUCCUGAUGUUUUAUACAGGGAAGGCGAAUAUCAGAAGAGAGUAACUUUCACACCAAGAUUAUUGAUCGCUGACCUUAAAGGUACAUUAGGAUAUUUGAGCGACCAAGGUAAUUUAUCGGAAAUUUUACACCAAGGUAACAAAGAGAUACCGGAAAUUUUAUGGGAAGAAAAUCGACUAGAAACAAUUGCAGAACCAGAUGCGAUUAAACCGAAUUUUGUGAAAACAUUAGAUCAGGAAAAUAACGAUGAAACAAAUAGUUCAGCUAAUUUUGAAGACGAUAUAAAUAAGUGGGUGGAUUUUUUAAUACCGCGCUUCCAUUCUAGAACAGUCAAUGUUCUCACAGACUAUGAGCAUGGCUCCACCACUCGACCUUUCGACUUGUUUACUUACGGGCAAACUCUUUGGAACACUAAGAAAUUUGCGGAUGACUUUACAGACAGGAUAAGGGCUUACGUCGAAGAAUGCGAUUCUAUGCAAGGCUUCCAGGUACUUAUCGAUGGGGACAAUGGCUUUUCAGGAUUGGGUACUAGUUGUAUUCAAUAUUUAAGAGACGAGUAUGAAAAAAGUAUUUUAACUUUUCCUGUAAUAGAUAUUGCGUGUAAAGAACCAUCGUUAGCUGAUUAUGCGAAAGUAAUCAACACAACGCUGUGCUGGCAACAUUUAGGCGAAUUUUCGUCGCUAUUUAGUCCAUUAUGCUGUGAUGCAAACGGUUGGCUCACGCGUGGUAAACCACGAAAUUUCAAAAAUCUUACGUACAAAGUUGAUCUUAAGUAUCAUACGAGUUCGUUAUUGGCAACCGCUUUAGAUACCCUAAGCCUAAGAUAUAGAAAUAAAAAGUACCCUAUGGCAACAUUGUCUGAUCUCUGUGCGGACUUAAAUAAGCUGGGUAGAAAGGCUGUAGCUACAAGUUUGAGUUUACCAUUUCCCAUACAUGCAAAUAAAGAUUUAAUCGACGUAUUGGAUGGUCUUGAAGGGACGUUUCCAUGGACUACCAUAACGCCCGGCUGUAAUAUAAGCAUGAAUAACAAUAUGCAAAGUCUAGCACUACGAGGCAUUCCAGAGUGUCGUCUAAAACGUCCGUUAAAAGAUGCCAAGGAACAAAUGGAGAAAGUAGCGUACCGAUGCUCAACGGUUCACGAAAUGAUGAGUCUCUAUUUAGAUUGUUCUUGUCACUCUUCCGCUUCAUACUUAUGCUCUAUAGAACAACCAUUAAAGAUUAAAGAUCCCUAUCCAAAAAUAUUCAAUAGUAAUGUCUCGGAGGAUGGAAAUAUUUCAGAUCAGUCUAGAAUCGGAGAUGUUAAAAGUGUAGCAGUUAUGGCUGGCUUACACACAGGCAAAUUUGUGGCUGAAAUGUACGAGUCUCUUUACAAGCACGUCACAAAAAUUAAAAGCAUAAAUAAAUUUCAUGCUUUCCCGGAUUCAGGAUUAGAAGAGGACGAUUUUCAAGAAAGCGUAAAUAAUCUAAUGGAUUGUCAGGAAAAUUACAAAGAUCAAUAAUAAUAUUGAAUGU